AAGAAUCACUGAGACUUUAAUUUAUACAGUACCGUCAAUGAAUUGAAUUGAAAACAAUCUUCGGAACAUUAUAUUAUAUUUAUCUAUGAAAAUAUAUUUCAAAAAAAUGUAUAAUUCGUGAAACUAAUAGAAAGACUAUAGAAAAAUUCGAAAGGCUAAUUGGACAACAAAAGACAUUCGAUUUCCCGGCAGGUUAAGCAAAGACCACACAACCAUGGACGGGAGCUAUAAACACCACCAGCUCAGCCUGCCGAAGUCUCCAUUAGCAACGAUAUCACUUAGCACCUGACCGAAAUGCAUAACAAAACAGAGUUAGAAUUUUCAUAAGCGUUCAAAAGGCGACGGCAAAUGAAAGGGCAAUUUUUUCAUACAGGUUUACAAUUCUUUAAGAGAAUUUCGAAAAUGUUUGAGAAACGAGAUAACAAGCAAGCUGGCGAUAAACGUGAGACCAUACAGGAAAUCGCAAUUAAACUAGCCGAGGAGCAAUUGCGUACGCUGCAGCUAGAGAGUGGACCUAAAGAGCGCACCGUUUUCGUGCUGGGCAGCAGAGGUGCCGGCAAAUCUACGGCGCUGCAUAAAUUCUUUGAACGCGAGGACAAUCCGCGACCCACACUUGCUUUGGAGUAUUCUUAUGGGCGACGCACGAGUGGCACACAAAAACAGGUGCUAAACAUUUGGGAGCUCGGCGCUUUGGACAACGCAGAACAAUUGAUUUCUGUGCCUUUGCGCACGCAUGGACUCGAAAAUUUUGCGGCCAUUAUAAUGUUGGAUCUCUCGCAGCCGAAACGUGUUUGGCCGGAAUUGGAGCGCAUUUAUCAAGCGUUACGUAGCACAAGCAGUAAACUGUUGAGCCCGGAUGAGGAACAAAUGUAUCGCGAGCGCAUGGCAGAUCGUCUCAAAAAGGAUCACAACGAUUUGGAGUGUCUCGAGCUGAUGUCAUUCCCAAUAGUUAUAGUUGGUGGCAAAUAUGAUUUGUUCAAAGAUUUCGACGCCGAGCUGAAACAACAUAUUUGCCAUUGUCUGCGCUCCAUGGCGCAUCUGAUAGGCGGCAGCGUGCUUUUCUAUUCCAAUAAAAUACCCAAACUAGCGAAAACACUACGCGAUACCAUAAGUCACUUGGGUUUCGGUAGUCCUACGCAUCCAUUUCGCUCACAUGUGACCGACAGCGCGGAUGCGCUAUCCAUUUGGUUCGGCACCGAUAGUUGGGAUCAGAUUGGCAGCGUUGGUGUGCUGAGUGUAGAACGUAUCGGCGCGCUAUUGGCCAACGAGGCGCCACAGUUGAAUGAAGUGGGAAAAAAACGUUCUGCAAAAUCGAAAACACAUAUCAAUGAUCCAGCCAAGGAUCCAGGGUUUCGUGAGAGCAUCAUCGAUGAGAUGCGCGCGCAGAAGGAUAAAGAGCUGCAAGCGCUUAUUACGGAAUCACAAUUACGUGGACAGUUCGAGACAAUUGUUUGAAAUGCGUUGGGUAGUUUAAGCACUCGAGAAUUAAAGGAAGUAUGGAAAUCGGAAUAUAUUACAUGUUUCUGAUAAAAUAUUUCAGUACAAUCUAUAAAGCUGUGACUGUAAAGCUCAAGUAAUAAAUGUUUUCUCCACCAAAUCAA